ACGCCACAAAUAAGUGAUAACCAAUUGGAAGAAGUGAUUAACCAUUUGGAACAGCAAUGCGCCAGAAAUAUAAAGACACGUCAAGUGGGCAUUGAAUACGACGAUCACAUCAUUUGCGACGUCUGCCGGAGUCCUGACGCCGAAGAGGGCAACGAAAUGGUGUUUUGCGAUCUCUGCAACAUUUGUGUACAUCAGGCCUGUUAUGGCAUCGUUGACAUACCCGAAGGCGAUUGGCUCUGCAGGCCCUGCAAGGAGUUCGGUUCCCAAAAGAAUAUAUCAUGUGUUUUGUGUCCAAAUUUUGGCGGUGCCUUAAAGCCAACCAGUAGUUCAAAGCAAUGGGCGCAUGUGUCCUGCGCUCUAUGGGUGCCCGAAGUGAGCAUCGGUUGUGUCAGUACAAUGGAACCGAUCACUAAAAUUAAACAAAUACCUCAAACUCGUUGGAAUCUCAUCUGUUCCCUCUGUAACGUCAAACAGGGGGCACCCAUACAGUGCUCGGUGAAGACAUGCAAAAUCGCUUAUCAUGUGAUUUGUGCGUUCAAUCAUAAGCUAAAAAUGAAAGCUAUAGUAGAAAGUGAUAAAACAAAAGGAGUAAAACUGAAGUCCUAUUGUAAGAAACACACAGAAAAGGGUGACGUCGACGACGACGGGAACGUCUUAAAAGCCGAAGCGAAGGGCGAGUCGACUGACAAUCAGUCUUUUUUGCCCAAAACACAACAUGAGAUCGAAAUCGCGACUAAUAUUCCAGAAGACGAAGACAAACAUGAAAGUGAUUUUUGGAAAUACAUUGAUAUAAAUAAAGUACAACAAGAGUUGAUUCGUACGGACGCGAGCUAUAGUGUGAGCAAAAGUAUGAAUUUUCUGGACUUUAUAGUGCAGUACUGGAAACUGAAGCGAACCUCCAAUUACGGGGCGUCUCUCAUACCGUUGACAUCUUCGGCACAAUUCCAGGAACAACAACAACAACAGCGAAACGAAAUCCUCAGAAUGCGAGUCGAUUUGGAAAGAAUCCGCAAUUUAUCGUAUAUGAUAUGUCGGCGCGAAAAAGUCAAACGCAAU